GACUUUUUGCCCUAAAAAAAUGAAAGCAAGAACAGAGCACAAAAAUUGAUCAGAUUUGUUCGCUAGCAGUUAGCACACAUGGCUGUCCUUCCCUGUUUUUCUGUGUUUCUCCAUUCCAUGUCCUCUCAAGUUCCACCCACAGUCCACUCCAGACGUUUACUUUCCUCGUUCUCCACUUUGAAACUCCCAUUUUCAAUUUCAAGCUUUUCUUCAUGUUCGUCAAUGUCGCUGUGAGCGCCAAACUUUGAACACUUCCUUCAGCCGUAGCACAAGAAUCGCGGUUACUAUGGUAUUCAAAGGCAGGUUUUUCUCCUCUUCCAAGAAGUCUGAUUCUUCCAGUCCCGAUGGAUCCAGUCCUCGAUUCCUUGGUUCUAACUCGCCCAGUAGAUCCGACAAGAAGAAGAACAAAUCAGCCGCCAAAGAUGAACCCCAGAUUUCUAAUACCACUACUAGUAGCUUUAAAGGUACUGUUCUGAAAGAUUCUACUAGGAGUAAGGAUUGGAAACGAAAAGAUGGUCAAGUUUUAUUGCCGACUGAGACGCCAUCGAAGUCCGAGGCAAUAUCUGGAUUGAGCUUAGGGCCGAAGGUUAAGAAGUCGAGCGAUGUGAAGGAUGUGGCCUCAUCGGUUUCGCCUAUUCUCGCAUCAUCCCUUGGAUUGAAUAGGAUAAAGACAAGAUCAGGCCCGUUGCCGCAGGAGAGCUUUUUGGGGUUUAAAGGUGAUAAGGGCUCAUUGGGUUCGAGCAAUCUUUCCAGGAACUGUGGCAAUGGAAGCUCAGGCUCCAAUUCUGGUUCGACAUGGUCGGCGUCUUCUAGUGGAGGGAAGAGAGAGGCGGCGAGCCAGAAGAGAUUGGGGUUUCAGGACAAUGUUAAAAGCUAUAUUCACAAUGCUAGCAAUCCCGACAAUAUGGCAACUGGUAAUGCAGCAUCUACUGAAAGGAGUCCAAAUUUGUUAGGACAGCCUCGGUUGCAGAAUGUCGAAUCAUCCAAUGAAGCUGGACGCAAUGAAUCAUCAUGGGCAUUUUCAGAAGGAUCAAGAAACAUAGAUUUCUGUACGCCAGAGUCUUCUUAUGAUUGUGAAAAUCCAAAAGAGUCUGAAUCUCCACGCUUUCAAGCUAUACUUCGAGUCACAAGUGCUCCUCGAAGGAAGUAUCCUGCGGAUAUCAAAAGUUUUUCCCAUGAACUAAAUUCAAAAGGUGUACGACCUUUCCCACUCUGGAAGUCACGUCGUUUAAAUAAUUUGGAGGAGAUCUUAGUUAUGAUACGAGGAAAAUUUGACAAGGCAAAGGAAGAAGUAAAUUCUGAUUUGGCCAUUUUUGCUGCUGAUCUGGUUGGAAUUCUUGAAAAAAAUGUUGAUACUCAUCCAGAGUGGCAAGAGACCAUUGAAGACUUGUUGGUUUUAGCUCGAAGCUGUGCCAUGUCAUCUCCUGGUGAAUUUUGGCUUCAGUGUGAAGGCAUUGUUCAGGAAUUGGAUGAUAGACGCCAAGAACUUCCUCCAGGCAUGCUGAAACAACUUCAUACUCGAAUGCUGUUCAUUCUCACUAGAUGUACCAGGCUACUACAGUUCCAUAAAGAAAGUGGGUUAGCAGAAGAUGAGAAUGUUUUUCAGCUUCGUCAAUCACGAAAUCUGCAUUCUGCCGAUAAACGUAUUCCUCCAGCUAUGGGAAGGGAAAUGAAAAAUUCUAAUGCAGCCAAGGCUUCUAAGGCAGCUUCAUCCAGGAAAUCUUACAGCCAGGAGCAGCAUGGCUUGAACUGGAGCAGAGAACACGACAUGCUGCCUAGGAAUAAUGUCUCUGCAUCUUCUGAUGAUACUUCAAAGAAGUUGGAAUCUCCUACUGGCAGAGAUCGGAUGGCUUCUUGGAAAAAAUUGCCUUCUCCGGCAGCCAAAAGUGUGAAAGAACCUACUUUGAAGGAUAAAGGUGAUAAUAAGAGUUUUAAAUCUUUGAAUGUGCCAAAAAUCAGGACUGAUGUUUCUGAAACUGUUUUUGCUGCUGCAAAUGAGCUUCCUCUGCCAAGAGAUUCUCAUGACCAGCCUACCAAGCACCAACAUAAACCUUCUUGGGGUUGGGGUGAUCAACCAUCUGUAUCUGAGGAGAGUUCAAUCAUUUGUCGCAUUUGCGAAGAAGAGAUUCCUACUGCAAAUGUGGAAGACCAUUCAAGAAUUUGUGCAGUUGCUGAUCGAUGUGAUCAGAAGGGUAUAAGUGUUAAUGAACGUCUACUCAGAAUUGCUGAAACUCUAGAGAAGAUGAUUGAGUCCUUUUCGCAAAAAGAUUCUCAACAUGUAGGAAGUCCAGAUGUUGCAAAAGUUUCAAAUUCUAGUAUGACUGAAGAAUCUGAUAUUUCCCCGAAACAUAGUGAUUGGUCCCGCAGGGGCUCAGAAGACAUGCUCGAUUGCUUCCAUGAAACUGAAAAUUCUGUUUUCAUGGAUGACUUGAAAGGUUUACCUUCCAUGUCUUGUAAAACUCGUUUUGGUCCAAAGUCUGAUCAGGGUAUGACAACAUCAUCUGCUGGUAGCAUGACUCCUAGAUCUCCUUUAUUAACACCAAGAACCAGUCCGUUUGACUUGUUUUUGGCAGGGAAAGGUGCUUACUAUGAACACGAUGAUCUUACACAGAUCAGUGAUCUUGCAGAUAUUGCACGCUGUUCAGCAAAUGCUCCUCUGGGUGAUGAUUGCUCGAUGCAAUAUCUGUUGACGUGCCUUGAAGACUUGAGAGUUGUCAUUAACCGCAGGAAGUUUAAUGCACUGACAGUUGAAACUUUUGGCACUCGCAUUGAGAAGUUAAUACGGGAGAAGUAUUUGCAGCUUUGUGAGCUGGUGGGUGAUGAAAAGAUUGACAUAGCGAGCACUGUUAUUGAUGAAGAUACUCCUCUAGAUGAUGACGUUGUUCGUAGCUUAAGAACAAGUCCCAUCCAUUCUUCAAAGGACCGUACAUCAAUUGAUGACUUUGAGAUUAUAAAACCUAUCAGCCGUGGGGCAUUUGGCCGGGUUUUCCUGGCUAAAAAGAGGACAACGGGGGACCUUUUCGCAAUAAAGGUUUUGAAGAAAGCUGAUAUGAUUCGAAAAAAUGCUGUUGAAAGUAUUCUGGCAGAACGUGAUAUUUUAAUAUCUGUGCGCAACCCUUUUGUGGUUCGCUUCUUCUACUCCUUUACUUGUCGUGAAAAUUUAUAUCUCGUGAUGGAGUAUUUGAAUGGAGGAGAUCUUUACUCCUUGUUGAGAAAUUUAGGCUGCUUAGAUGAAGAGGUUGCUCGUGUAUAUAUCGCAGAAGUGGUUCUUGCUUUGGAGUAUUUGCAUUCACUCGGGGUAGUUCAUCGUGACUUAAAGCCGGAUAAUUUAUUAAUAGCACAUGAUGGUCAUAUUAAGCUGACAGAUUUUGGGCUUUCCAAAGUUGGUCUUAUCAACAGUACUGAUGAUUUGUCUGGACCAGUUGUUAGCGGUAUCACUCUUCAUGGGUAUGAUGAGCCUACAAUGUCUGCUUCUGAGCAUCAACAAGAAAGACGAAAGAAGCGUUCUGCUGUUGGCACUCCAGACUAUUUGGCACCAGAGAUACUAUUGGGAACUGGACAUGGUGCCACAGCUGAUUGGUGGUCUGUCGGGAUCAUUUUAUUUGAGCUAAUUGUUGGAAUUCCACCCUUUAAUGCAGAGCAUCCCCAGACUAUAUUUGAUAACAUUCUCAACCGUAAGAUCCCGUGGCCUCAAAUACCUGAAGAGAUGAGCCACGAUGCUCAAGAUUUAAUUGAUCGAUUAUUGACUGAAGAUCCUCACCAGCGACUUGGAGCUAUAGGCGCACAUGAGGUGAAGCAGCAUAUGUUCUUUAAAGAUAUUAACUGGGACACGCUUGCCCGACAAAAGGCUGCAUUUGUUCCAACAUCUGAAAGUGCUCUUGAUACUAGUUACUUUACAAGUCGCUACUCAUGGAAUCAUUCAGAUGAUCAUGGCUAUCCACCCAGUGAACUUGAGGAUUCAAGUGAUGCUGAUAGCUUAAGUGGUAACAGUAGUGUGAGCAAUCGUCAAGAUGAAGUGGUUGAUGAAUGUGGGGGCCUUACAGAUUUUGAGCCUGGUUCUUCUGUCAAUUACUCAUUCAGUAAUUUCUCUUUCAAGAAUCUCUCCCAGCUUGCAUCCAUCAACUAUGACCUGCUUUCUAAGGGUUUGAAGGAUGAUCCUCCCGAUCACGAUGCAUAACUGUGUUAAUCCUCGCACGUCUGCCAAAUGCUUUCUGGCUAUUGGUUCGAUGUUCUUCCCUGUUUUGUAUCUGCAAUGUUCUGUACAUAGACAGAAAAGUUUUAGAAGCUAAAGCUGGUUUGUGAUGCUCUCUUUCAAAUUACAGACGCCAUCUUCAAACCAGGUGGCUUUCGACUUUCGUUUUCCUGUUCACUGUGUUUCUCUUCCUUCUCUCCACCCUCAAAUGAGUUCCGAACUUGAAAAAUUCCAUUGCUUAAAUGGUUCCCUUAACGUGUAUACCUGUUUUCUUAGACAAUCCAUACAUUUAUGUAUUCAUAAUAUAUAUUAUAUAUCAAGGAGAAGCAUAAUUGUGUACA